UAAUUGGUGGAGAGGCUUGUGAUGUCACAAGAUCCGUGAGGCGAGUGUGUGGAGAAUGGGACGGGUCAGGCAGAGUGCUGUGGAGACGCUGCAGGACGGGCCGCAGUGACUGAGCAGGGCUGGUGAGUCUUCAGUCGGACAGAGCUGAUGCUUUUCAGGACUGAUUACUGGAUAUAUUUCCAUCAACACCGAGCGACGGACCCAUGAGCCCAGGCAGGAUCGCUGUUCUCUCAUAAAUAAGUUGCAGAUCUGACUGACGUGGCAAUGUCACUGCGCUGCCUCACAACAGUCCUUUUGGCUGUGGCCCUCUGUUUCCUGCCUUGCAUCACUUCUUCCCUCAGCCUGGAAGAUCCCAAUGUCUGCAGCCACUGGGAAAGUUACUCAGUUACUAUCCAAGAGUCGUAUGCCCAUCCUUAUGAUCAGAUUUAUUACACCAGCUGCACCGACAUCCUCAAAUGGUUCAAGUGCACGAGACACAGGGUAAGGUAUCGGACAGCAUAUCGAAGAGGAGAGAAGACCAUGUAUCGGAGAAAGUCCCAGUGCUGCCCAGGGUUCGAUGAGAAUGGCGAGAUCUGUGCUCCUCAUUGUGCAGAGAGCUGUGUUCAUGGCCACUGCAUGGCCCCAAACACCUGUCAGUGUGAGCCAGGCUGGGGAGGAUCCAACUGCUCCAGUGCUUGCGAUAGUAACCACUGGGGUUCCCACUGCAGCAACAGGUGUCAGUGCAAGAACAGAGCACUGUGUAACCCAAUCACUGGUGCCUGUAUGUGCACUCCUGGAUACAGAGGCUGGCGCUGUGAGGCCCAGUGUGAAGUGGGCACCUAUGGUAACGGAUGCCAGCAGAAAUGCCAGUGCCAGAAUGGAGCCACCUGUCAUUAUGUGACCGGAGAAUGCAAGUGUUCACCAGGAUACACUGGAGCUUUCUGUGAAAAUCUAUGUCCUCCAGGUCAACAUGGGCAGCAGUGUGAGGAGAGAUGUCCAUGUCAGAAUGGAGGAGUGUGUCAUCAUGUGUCUGGAAAGUGCUCCUGUCCUGCAGGAUGGAUGGGUACAGUGUGUGGCCAGCCAUGUCCAGAGGGGAGAUUUGGCCAAAAUUGUUCCCAGGAAUGUCAGUGUCACAACAGCGGCCUUUGUGUGUCCUCCACUGGACAGUGUCUCUGCAGCCCUGGAUACACAGGAGAACGGUGCCAGCACGAAUGUGCCGUGGGUAAUUAUGGUGCUGGCUGUGCAAAGACGUGUCGCUGUAAGAACAGAAGCAAAUGUUACCACACCAACGGAAUGUGUCUGUGUGAGCCAGGAUACACAGGGGUGACAUGUGAUGUCCGACUGUGUCCUGAAGGCCAUUACAGCCCCGGCUGUGCAAGGAAGUGUCCGUGCCACGCCCAAAACACACGCAGCUGCCACCCAAUGUCAGGAGAAUGUACAUGUCAGCCUGGCUGGUCAGGCCUCUACUGCAAUGAGACAUGUGCCCCAGGAUUUUAUGGUGAUUCCUGCCAGCAGGUGUGUCAGUGCCAGAAUGGUGCUGACUGCCACAGUGUGACAGGAGAGUGUAUCUGCGCUCCAGGUUUCAUGGGAACCAAAUGUUCGGUCCCCUGCCCAGCAGGAACACAUGGCAUGAACUGCUCCUCCACCUGUAACUGCAAGAACAGAGCUCAUUGCUCACCUGUGGAUGGAUCCUGCUUUUGUAAACCAGGCUGGCGUGGGGUGGACUGCUCCAUCAACUGUCCCAGUGGAACCUGGGGUCUGGGCUGUAACCUCACCUGUAUUUGUCAGAAUGGAGGAGCCUGUGACGCAUUAGACGGUCACUGCACUUGCGCUCCAGGCUGGAGAGGAGAGAGGUGUGAACUCCGCUGCCAGGAUGGUACCUAUGGUCUGGAUUGUAAUGAACGCUGCGACUGCAGUCAUGCUGAUGGAUGUCACCACUCUACUGGUCACUGCCACUGCCUGGCUGGUUGGACUGGUAUACACUGUGACAGUCUGUGCGCUGCAGGGCACUGGGGCCCAAACUGCUCCCUCCCCUGUAACUGUAAGAAUGGAGCUUCCUGCUCCCCUGAUGAAGGAACCUGUGAGUGUGCUCCAGGAUACAGAGGCACCAGCUGUCAGAGGAUCUGCUCCCCAGGUUAUUUUGGUCACCUCUGCAGUCAGACAUGUCCACAGUGUGUUCACAGUAACGGACCCUGCCACCACAUCACAGGACAGUGUGACUGUCUGCCAGGCUUCAAGGGGGCACUGUGUAAUGAGGUGUGUCCCAGUGGUAGCUUCGGGAAAAAAUGUGCCUGGAGCUGCAGCUGCACCAACAAUGGCACCUGCAACCCCAUUGAUGGCUCCUGUCAGUGUUAUCCAGGAUGGAUUGGCAGCGACUGCUCCCAGCCAUGUCCACCUGGUCAGUGGGGACCCAACUGUAUCCACACAUGUAACUGUCACAACGGAGCCCACUGUAGUGCUUAUGAUGGAGAAUGCAAGUGCAACCCAGGAUGGACUGGCCUCUACUGCACACAACGCUGUCCAUUAGGUUUCUUUGGGAAGGAAUGUUCUCAGACCUGUCAGUGUAGGAAUGGAGCUGACUGUGACCACAUCUCUGGGCAGUGCACAUGUCGCACCGGCUUCAUGGGACGACGCUGUGAACAAAAGUGUCCUCCUGGUUCGUAUGGUUAUGGCUGCCGUCAAGUCUGUGAUUGUCUAAAUAACUCCACCUGUGAUCACAUGACUGGCACAUGUUACUGCAGUCCAGGCUGGAAGGGAGCUCGUUGUGACCAAGCUGGUGUAGUUGUGGUGGGCAGCCUCAACAGUUUGACCAGUGCAGCCAUGCAGGUGGACACCUACCAGAUUGGAGCCAUUGCAGGAGUCAUUGUCCUGGUGUUGUUGGUGCUUGUUCUCCUCCUCCUCUUCAUUAUCUUAAGGAAGAAACACAGGGACAAAGAGCCCACCAUGCCAGUUGUGACCUACACUCCUGCUUUGAGGAGCACUGCUGAUUACACCAACACAGAUGCUCACCCACCAAGGUGUGAAACCCACCCCAGCAAUUAUUUCUCCAACCCCAGCUACCAUACUCUAACGCAGUGCAUCAACUCCCCACACGUUAACAACACUUCACAUGGAAAGGACAAGAGCAACCUGCUGUUUGUGAACCUGAAGAAUGUGGAUCAGAGUAAAAGGGCUCCUCUAAAUGAAAGCACUGUCACACUGCCUACAGACUGGAAACAAAUGGACUGCUUAAAUGAACUAGGGGCCUGUGGAGUUGACAGCAGAUACACAGGGAAAUCUAUACAAGGUUCUCUAGGGGAGGGCACACUCUAUCACGCCAGCUCCUGUUCCCUCAACAGCUCUGAAAACCCAUAUGCAACAAUAAAGGACCCACCUCUGCUGACAGCCAAAAACACUGAGUGUGGCUACGUGGAAAUGAAGUCACCAGCCAGACAGGACUCGCCAUAUGCUGAGAUCAGCAACAGCAGCCCAACCGAUAAUCGCAGUGUCUAUGAAGUUGAGCCAACUGGAAGCACCAUCCAGUUAACUGGAGAAGGAAAUGGCCUUGGACAUUUUCAUCAGGAUCUAUAUGAUCUACCAAAAAACAGCCACAUCCCCUCUCACUAUGACCUCCUGCCAGCCAGAGAGAGUACAUCUUUAGAUCACAAGGAGCUGGACAGUGAAUGAUGGCACAGAGCCCUGGUCACAACAUGAGGCUGCAGCUCUAACACUGAAUAUUCCACAAACAGACAAGACUUCAUACCCACAACGUAUUCUUAUUUGUUUUCUUUCAGUUAUAAUUUGACAUUAUGACAUGACUUCUUUCUGAAUAAAGUGAUAUGUGAGGGGUUAGUUUUGAGGUACAUCUGUCUUUUGAAGGUCAUUCCACAUAUAAGGGAGGUGAGGUCUAGUGAUGUGAUGUCUGACCACGGCUAACAGAAAGAGGGUUUCUACCUGUCACAGAUGGCCACACACAAAGUCAGGCUAAAAUACCUGCUGCCAAAGCAUCUCUCUGAAAGACCCUCCGCUAGCUCUCUAAGAACUCUAUGUAUUUUGCAUGUCUCGUAGUAUUAGUGUAACAAAUCGUUCAAAUGACAACAGCAUGAACACUCUUACGUUGGCAAGUGGUUGACGUUGCACUUCCCUCCUUCACCUGGCCAAUCACUGUGUAAAAUUACAGCAACUGCCAGACACAGCCCCACCCACAGUGCUGUUGUUAAUUAAUCCAAGUAACUUGUUUCAUUAUACAGAGGCCUUUAUGAUGUUUGUGUAAAACAUUCAAUAUCUAUGAAAUCCCUUUUUUUUUGUAACAAAAGUAUUAGAAAAUAGCUAAUUUGACCGAAUAUUAGCAAUUUUAUCAAAUAUUUAUAUUUUUGUGAGGAAGCAUAGGAGAUAGAAGCAGCUGACAGUGUUUAUCAAGUUUCCACAUCAUAAUGGUAUAAAAUGCAGUCAGUCAAUUUUGGAUUAGUUUAAGUAUUCAUGCGUCGUUUUAUUUAAGGAAUAUUUGUAUCAGUUUGAAAGUUGCAAAGUAGCUGGUACUUAGCAUGAGGAACUUGAUCUCAGCGAUGUAGUAGCAUAACAACAUUCUCCUCAUUGUUUCACUUAGUCAGAGAUCCAGUAAUUAUUAUUUGUAAAAUAUAUAUCGUCUUAGAAAAAUAAAAAGCAGAUCCGAACUUCUCUAUAUCUUGAUGAAGAAUAUGUUAAAUUAUUUUUUGUUUGGCUUGUUUGUAUUGACAUACUGAAUAUUUUUUAUGCAUGACUGUAUUAUUAAAAACAUUUAAAGUUCUGUCUGAGAUGAAGCAGGUGGCAUGGUGAUACUUCCCACCAUUAGAUGAUAGGAAACAUAGAAAACCCAUGAUUAGAUCAGCUCAGUAUUGUUUAGGAGGUGCUUGAAGCCCUUCUCCACUACAGAUUUUAUUAAAAUCUUGGGACACUACUGCAUUUUAUAAAUGUGCUGGGUGUGAAGCAAAUUUCACAAUUCUAUUUCUUCAUCAUGUAUGACAGUGCUUUAGAUAGUACACUUUAGUAAACAUCUACAUAGCACCAAACGAACCCAGUUAUCUGUAAUGUAAGAGCAUAGUUGGAAGGGCUCAACAUAUCUAUAUAAAAAAAACUUUAAUUAUAAGGUGGACCUCUGCUUUUCAAAAGGAUAAUAGUAUCAACAACGGUUCAUAUGAUUAAGCUAUGAUCUUCAUUGUCGUGUAUCCAAGAAAACUGUUGAUGAAUAUUUUGCUUCUGAAUGAUUGUAUUUCCUCCCUUGUGUCUGUUCUGUAUUCUGAAAAGGCAUAAAAUAACAAACAGUC